GAGAGCCUGAGCUUUGGAUUUGGCUCUUUGGCAGCUCUCGCAGCCUUCAGACGCAGGCACGGUUUCAGGAGGACCGCCACAAACCGCUGCAAUGAUGCCGCCAUCGCUGCGCCUUCUCACACUCUGUGCCGCGAGCCAGGCCCUCAAGCCUGAGUUUCUCAAAGCGCCACAGCCCUCCCGGCGCGAGAUCCUCAAAGCGCCUCUAGCUCUUGCAACCGUCGUCGCACUACCAGCGGUGGCGGCGGACACGAAGACCAUCUCCGUGCCGGUAGGAUCGUCCGCGAAGGACGGCUCGCCUCUCAGCAAGGCCACGUUCUCCGUGCCGGCCGACUGGGUCAAGCUGUCCGGCGAUCCAGGUGGAGGGAGAAAGAUGGAGCUCUACGCCGACCCGAACAACGCGGACACGAACGCCUUCGCACUCAUCACCCCUGUAAGGGGAGACUAUACCUCCCUAGGAAGUUUUGGUAGCGUGGAGGUUGUCCAGGACACGGUCAUGCCCGCGGCGCCGGACAUCACCUACGACGUCAUCAAGUCGGAAGCCCAGACGGGCAAGUACGUCUAUGAAUACAUCGUACAGGUGCCAGAACAGCCGAAGCGGCACCUGACGACGAUCUUCAUGGUCGUCUCGGACUGCAUCGUGACAUUCAACUUCCAGGCCAAGCAAUCGGACUACAACGGCGACGUUCCCGGUUUAGCGAAGACUGUGGCCGCGUCGUUCAAGACGGGUAAGGCAUCUUAGUCCU